GCAUCCUUUCGGCUUUGCAUCGCCAUACACAUUCGAAGUAUUGACGAAACACAGCAGCAUUGGAUAUGACCUCCUUUUACGACGAAAUCGAGAUCGAGGAUUUUGAGUAUGAUGAGGAUGAAGACAUCUACUUUUAUCCUUGUCCAUGUGGAGACCGUUUCCAGAUCACAAAGGAGGAGCUUCAGGACGGUGAGGAUAUUGCAAGAUGUCCGAGCUGCUCGCUCCUGAUUCGGGUCAUCUACGAUCCAGAUGAUUUCGCAGGCGAGGAUGAUGAAGAGAGU